UGGCCUCUUUCUUCUGCCAUUGCCCUUUUUUGGACAACACCAAAUUUUACGAGCUCCUUUAUAAUUGCUACUCUUUUACUCUGGUCUACUUAUUGGCCAUUGAUAAAUAUAUGGUACUCCUCACCUCAUGACCCUAAGAGACAAAAUAUACAGUUUUCAUAAAUAGACAAAUCCAUCUCGUGAGCACUUACAAUAAUACCAUUAUAUUAGGUGAAUUUCUACUAAUCAAUCCCCUUUGUAAUCUAGUGAUUUUGAAUAAUGGCAUCAAGAACAGCCACCAAGGACAUAAUCACGCUUCGCGGAUCAGCAGCAAUUGUCGGUGAAUUUUUUGGCUAUGCAGCAAAUAGCAUUUUGUACAAUAGAGGAGUAUAUCCUGAAGAAAGUUUUGCGAAGGUGAAGAAAUAUGGUCUGCAGAUGUUACUUACUCAAGAUGAAGGUGUCAAGACCUUCAUUUCCAAUUUGACUGCCCAACUCUCUGAGUGGUUGGAAGCUGGAAAGCUACAAAGGAUGGUUCUUGUAAUCAUGAGCAAGGCCUCUGGUGAGGUACUAGAGAGGUGGAAUUUCAGUGUCGAAACCGACAGCGAGGUUGUUGAGAAAGGUGUUUCAAGGGAGAAAAGUGACAAAGAAAUAAUGAGGGAAAUUCAAGCAAUUAUGAGGCAAAUUAUUUCAAGCGUCACUUUUUUGCCUUGCCUUGAGGAACCAUGUGUGUUUGAUGUGUUAGCAUACACUGAUACAGAUGUUGCAGUUCCAUUCACUUGGAUUGAGAGUGAUCCUAAACUGAUUGCAAAUCCACAUAUGGUUAAACUGCAUUCAUUUGACACCAAGAUUCACAAGGUUGACACUUUGGUUUCAUAUAAAAAUGAUGAAUGGGAUGAGGCUUAAACCGUCCUCCUUUUUCUUUAAUGAGUUGAUGCUGUGAAUCAUUGAUUCACAUUUUAUAUGUUAGACUGUGUAAAUCUUGAAGUUGUAUCCAAGAUCAAUUUCUUUGUGUGAA